AUGAAAAAACAAAUACGGGAUUCGUUUUUGAAGGCCGGCUUAGCGGCGGAAUAUGUCUUUGGAAAGAAAUUGAGGGACCGACAAGACCUUCAAGUUGUUAUGCUAAAUGUCUGGAGGCCAAUUCGCCAGGUUGAAGACAACCAUCUUGGUAUCUGCAAAUGGGGUUCACUUGUAAAAGAAGAUGCUUUGAAUAUGGACAUUGAACCGAAAAAUGGCGACAGUGCACUUCAGGCAUGGAGGUAUAGAGAGGGUCAAGAGUGGUAUUAUCUAAGCAACCAACAAGCGGAUGAAGUUUAUGUCUUCUUACAACACGACGACCGCGCAAAAGAAGAUGGGCACGGAAUCAAUGUUCCCCACGCCUCCUUCAAGCUUCAAGGUCACAACCAGCCAUCUACAAGAAUGAGUUUUGAGGCUAAAAUCAUUGCAAUAAUUGAUCGACCCACCGUGGUUUCACCACCUGCUCGAGGAAAAAUUUCGAAAUGGAAGAGUAGUUUCAAAUCGGCUUUUACCUAA